UAACCCCGACGAGGUGGACCAUGGAGCGCCCAGGGGGACAGCUUCUCAUUUCUUCAGAAAAUGAUUCAACACCAGUAGUUUCAACAUCGGAAGUAAUUAGUCAACAAGAGCCCCAAAUUCUUGUUGACCGUGUGUCUGAGACCAACUGCGAAAGCAGCGCCGCCAUUGAUGGUGACCAAGGCACCCAGAUUCCUGACGACCAAGACUCUCUAAGGGAUGCGGACAGCAGCAUCCAAGAUGCUGCUAAGGCCCCAGAAAACUCCCAGGAAGGGAAAGACAUGAGUAAAAGCCAGGAUGAAGUUCCUGAUGAAGUUGAGAACCAGUUUAUAUUGCGUCUGCCUCUGGAACAUGCUUGUACUGUCAGGAACCUAAUACAUUCUCAAAGUGUCGACAUUAAGGACAAACUAAAAAUUGACUUAUCACCUGAUAGGCGCCAUGCAGUUGUUGAAGUAGAAGAUGUCCAACUAGCUGCUAAGCUGGUUGACUUGCCUUGUGUUACUGAAAGCCUGAAAACUCAUGAUAAAAAAACCUUUUAUAAAACAGCAGACAUUUCUCAGAUGCUUGUGUGCACUGCUGAUGGUGAUCUCCACCCUUCUCCAGAAGAACCAGCUGCCUCUACUGAUCCUAAUGUAAUCAGGAAAAAUGAAAGGAAGAGAGAGAAAAAAGGUGUCUGGAAGCAUGGCAUUACUCCACCACUUAAGGAUGUGAGAAAGAAAAGGUUCCGGAAAACAAAAACAAAGGUUCCUGAUGUCAAAAAAAUAGAAGAAAUCAGCUCUACUAAGUCCCCAACUUCGCUUCAGAACAUUGAAUCUCCAGAUGUGGAAAAGGAAGUAAAGACACUGCUGCGUUCAGAUGCUGAAGCCAUAAGUACCCGUUGGGAAGUUAUUGCUGAAGAUGGAACCAAGGAAAUAGAAAGUCAUGGCUCCAUCCCAGGAUUUGUGAUAUCCUCGGGAAUGAACAGCUACAAGCAGAGUCACAUCUCAUCAGAAUAUUAUAUGCUUCGAGAGAUGUUCAGUGGUUCUAGAAGUAACAGUGAUGAGGAUGAGGAUGAGGACAAUGAGGAUGACGAGGAAAAUGAGGAUGACAAGGAAGAUGAGGAUGACGAUGAGGAUGACAAUGAGGAUGAAGAUAAGGAAGAAGAGGAAGAUGAUUCUGAAGAGUAUCUCAAAAGGCAGAUACAGGCCAAGUUUAUUGAAUCUGGCCAGUAUAGGGCAAUUGAAGGUUUCAGUUCAAUAGUCAUGGAAAUUCAGAAGCAGAUUUGUAAAAAGGAGAAAAAGCUCCAUGAGAUUCAGAAGAAAGCACAAAGACAGAAUGAUCUCACCAUGAAAGUGGAAAACCUGACACUCAAGAAUCAUUUUCAGUCUGUGCUGGAGCAGCUUCAGGUACAGGAAAAACAAAAAAGUGAGAAGCUCAUUUCCCUACAGGAAAAAUUGCAGUGUUUUCUGAAGAAGUGACGAGAGCCAUUAGCCUGGCACACAAACCUUGGAUUCACCAUCCAAACUGAAGACUGGAUGAAACUGUGCAAGUUUCUGUCCCUUCGGCUGCCUUAUGUUGAAUCAGUUAUUUUUAUCUGUACCUUUUUUGCUAAUUUUAAUAUGCUCAAAGUUUGUAGUCAUGUAGAAAAGGGCAGUAUCAAAAAUGAUAGACUUAGAGAUCCCAUUCAGCCAUGAGACUUUCUCUUCGUCAAUUUGGGAAUUAUUAUUAUUAAUUUAGAAAUUAGUCCCUUCAGCUGCCUUAUGUCAAAUCAGUUAUAUUUAUCUGUACCUUUUUUGCUACUUUUAAUAUCCUCAAGGUUUGCAGUCAUGUAGAGAAGAGCAGUAUAAAAAAUAUUAGAGAUCUCAUUCAGCCAUGAGACUUUAUCAAUUUUGGAAUUAUUAUUAUUAAUUUAGAAAUGAGUCCCUUCAGCUGCCUUAUGUUGAAUCAGUUAUAUUUAUCUGUACCUUUUUUGCUACUUUUAAUAUGCUCAAAGUUUGUAGUCAUGUAGAAAAGGGCAGUAUCAAAAAUGAUAGACUUAGAGAUCCCAUUCAGCCAUGAGAAUUUCUCUUUGUCAAUUUGGGAAUUAUUAUUAUUAAUUUAGAAAUGAGGUCUUCUUAGGUUACCCAGGCUGAAUUCAGACUCCUGGGCUUAAGGGAUCCUCCCACCUCAGCCUCCUGAGUAGCUGGGACUACAGGUGUGCACCACCACACUGAAUGAGAAUUAAUUUUAUUGCUUCUGUGCUAUGGUACCAGCAGAUGAUUCAGCCAUGCUUCCAAAAGCAGUCUAGUCUAGAGGCCAUACAGCUGGUUUGUUUGCAUAUGUUUUAGCUUUUCUUUUGGUUUGUAAUAUUUCCUAAAACUUACAGGAAAAGAUGAGGUAAUUUCUACUAAGCACUAGCACCUGCCACAGUUAAUUUAAGUGCCUACCUUGCAGCAGUUAAUACUAGAUUGUGUCCUGUCCAGGUAACAGGGCUGCAUUCCUGCUCAAGGAUGAUUUAUUGCUGCUGCUUAUGUUUGUUCUGUUGUUUUUAGGACUGGAGCUGGUUGUUAUUCACCAGCUAAGAGUAGAGAUGAAGAAAUUAUGAACCGUUAUCCUUAUUCUGAGCCUUCCCCUCUUAACUCCCAUCAGUUAAGGUUAGGAAGAGCAAGUUGCCAUUAUGCCUGUGAAGACUUCUUUAACGAUCUUUGGUUUUUUUCUAGGUAUAUUAUUAGUGUUUUAUGCUGUAUGUUCUUUAAGCAAUAAAUAAAUUGUUCCUUUUAAA